CAGCGGCAGAUUGUACUACGGUGUAGUACCGCUGCCAGCAGCAGACGCGUCUCCCGCUCAGCCUGUCGCUCCUCAGCAUCCUCUGGUUAAUGGAUUAUACAGUGUCCCUACAAGUGCAACAUCAGCUGGCGGUGUUCCCGACGCACUUCUAUCAGGGCUACAGUGUGGAGUUACAGAUGAAGUCAACAGAGGUGGACCAAGGGCUUUUCACAGACAGCUACUGCAAAGUGUGCAGCGCUCAGCUCAUCUCCGAGUCCCAGAGGGUUGCCCAUUAUGAGAGUCGGAAACACGCCAACAAAGUGCGGUUGUAUUACAUGCUACAUCCUGUGGAUGGAGGCUGCCCUGCCAAGAAGCUCAGAACAGACAAUGGCAGCGACGAGGGCGACGUGGACAAGAAUAAGUGCUGCACGCUGUGUAACAUGUCCUUCACCUCAGCAGUGGUGGCACAGUCACACUACCAGGGUAAAAUCCACGCCAAGAGGCUAAAACUGCUACUGGGGGAGCAGCCUGCUAUCACAACCAAAGAGGCAUCCCCCAGUCCUGUAAAGAGUUCCCCAGAGACGUCUCCCAUGACCUCCCCGCGACAGCGCCGCGACUCGGACCGCUACUGCCAGCUAUGCAACGCCUGGUUCAACAACCCGGGCAUGGCUCAGCAACAUUACGACGGCAAAAAGCACAAGAAGAACGCUGCCAGGGCAGAUCUGCUGGAGCAACUGGGCAAAACCCUGGAUAUGGGGGAGAUGAAAGGUCUGAAACGGAGCUACACCUGUGAAGUCUGCAGCGUCACACUCAACUCGGUGGCACAGUACCAUGCACAUCUCCAGGGCUCAAAGCACCAAAACAAUCUGAAGAAUCAGAUAUGUGUCCAGUGAGCGUGGCGUUGACGAUGAAAACCAACUACUGGAUUGAUGUCAGACAAGCUGUGAUCAGCUUGCCCUGCUUUUUCUGCCUCUGCCCCGCUCUCACUCUCCCCUCAACUUCAUUUCAGUUUCUCUUUCUCUUUCUGUCUCUUUCUUUCUCUCUUUCUGUCCUGGAUUUUCACUCUGUCCGCUUUGGCCGCCCUGACAAGGAGGAAAACAAAGAGAUUUGUUUUCAACACUCUAGCAUUGCAUAUGCUCUCUAUAUCUGUCACAGUUGAAACAGUUCCUCUGCAUUGCUGGCCACUCAUAAAUCACUGACCUUUGACAUUCCACUGAAGCUGUAUACAGUGUUUUGUUUUGUUUUGUUUUAUUUAUUUUUUUUAAAUCCACUGACAGUCUGAGAGCGUUAAAGUGGAUCCAAUGCACAGCAGCCUUUCUAAAAAUGCAUGGACGAACUUGCUUUAUUUUUCGCGGGACGCAGUAUGUGGAAUUUUGUAGUAAGAUGAAUUUUGAAUUGGGAGUAUAAUGUUCUGUUUUCUUUUACUUGAAUGAAACAUGCAUAUUUAUUUGUAAUGAAAAGUAAAUGAUGUACAUUAUUUAGCAUUAUGGGCUUUAUUUUAUUAUUAUAAUUUGUAGCUUUAUUUUAUGUGUCACUGUCACUCUCUUUGCCCUCACAUUCUGUAUGGUACACACAGUGUAAAGCUUUUGCUGCAUACUUUCUGGCAGUGUAACUAAAUCCCUGUGCAGCUUAAAAGGGGUUGAUGGCAAUAAUUGACACUGGUGGGAUUCUUACUAUGUUGUAAAGGUAUCUUUAUAUGGGCUCUGGUAGUCCAGAAAAACGGAUAACAUAUGUCUGCAUCUACACAGGAAAUGUAUCUUUUAAUUAUAAAAAUAACUUUUUUUUUUUUUUUUUUUUACACCUUUAAACAUUGAUUUUCCUAUUUUCAUUUCCCAUAUUAGUAAUAACUUCACCCUCACCAAGUUAAUUGAUGAGCCCUAGUAACACGACCAAGAAGAAAUACAAUGUGGCAAGAAACACAGACAAUAACCAAGGUCAUGUAAAAUCCUCCAAGUUAAUCAAGUUCACGUGUGAGGAAACAAAAAAAAAAAAUACAAGUCAAAUUUAAUUGAUUGCUCCAGCUUAAUCCAUGCAGUUCUGCAUUAUCUUCCAGGUGACGGCGGGUCAAGCAAAGUAGUCCAGAUAUUUUUCUUCCCAUCUCUCAGCUCCCUGUGUCUUUCCCAGGCCAGUUAGGCUAUAUUGCCUUUAGCAGGUUCCAGGUUUCCACCAGUAUCUCCGUCCAUGUGUACUCCUUUUAAGUUAAAAGUGGCUUCCACUCCAAAUGACUGAGCUCUCCAUUUUACUAAAGGCUGAAUUAUUCUCCCGUGGAGACACACUUACACACGUCUGGAAACCUGCACUGAGAAGGGUGUUGCAGGCAACCGUAAGUUACAGAUGCAGUCAGAGCUUCCAACCCUCCCACCGACAUGUAGUGUGAGGCUGUGUAAGCUUUAUUUGUUGAUCCUAUUCUUGUAUGCAAGAAAUACAUGUUUGAAAAGCAAAUGUAAAUAGUGUACAGGGAAGUAUAACAAAGGAGCCAGGUAAUAGUCUACAAAAGACCCAUAUGUGUCUGUAGUGUCAAUCUUUCAAGCCUGUUAUGUGAGAAUUUUAUCCUCACUCGUGACCACCUUCUAUUGUUGGGGAAACUUAUUAUUAAUCAAGUCCUUUUUCCAGUAGAAUAGUAACACCUCAGAUUCUGUAGUGCUAAUAGCCAUCUAUGAUAAUAUUAAUAUUAAAACAUCCACUUUGGUCACUGGAGAUCGUAGCCUGGUGAUCUGGUUAACAAAAUGGUGGAGUAUGUUCGACAGAAGUGCUUGUCAGAUGGUUGAAGAGUGUCUGAUAUUCCCUUGUUCCACAGGAAGCAAGGAGGGCUGCAUUACACAAGUUCUGUAACAUUACAAUGCAGUCACACAAAACUGAUCAUGUGGAAGUGAAUAUUAGGAACUGCUUUAAUCAAAGGUUUCCUUGUACAUGGUUAGUUUGUAGGAAAUACACAUGUGUUCCUGCCCCGGCUGUGCCUUCAGACUUCGUUUAAACCCAAACACGGUUUUCAAACUGACUUCUUGGUUCCAAUUUAUUUUGACCAUUGAAGUGUCUGAUUGUCUGACCAUUCAUGUUUCUUGCCCCAAUGCAAUUUUCUGCCAAAGUGACCCUAGAUCUAAGAGCAGAGCACAUUACUUUGGUGAGGACAUUGUUCUCACAUGGUGACAUAAAUUACACCCAAUACAUCAGACAUUUGAUCCGAGUUGAGAUGGGCCACAAUCUAAACUCAAUAGGCAGAUUUUUCAUCGUCUCAACAGAUGUCAAACACAACCUCUUCUUGCAAGUUAAAGACUGGAUUUGUCUUUUACUGUGUAAUGCAGCAUAUACAGUCUAUUCUAUGUGAUCGGUGUUAUAGGUUUAGAAAUAUUUCCUUUCAUUUCAGUAUGGUCUUCAUCUCAGGGAGGUGUAAGUGGUUGCUUUUGUGAAAUUUAACACUGCUGCAGAGAGUUGAACAUUCGCACGUACCGAAUCCAUUCCACUAUGGAGCCUUGUAGAAUGUGUCGGUAGAUAAGGUGCAAAGGACUAAACCAUAACUAAUGGUUUCACAGAUGAAUAUUAUUAUUAUUAUUGUGGAGUGUUUUAAAGGAUAAUCCAGCUUUAUAUACUGUAUACCUAUAUAUAUAUAUAUACUAUUAUUUGAAGCUUAUGUAGCAGUCUUCUUUCUUACAUGUCAUGUUAAGAAAUUAAAGAUGUUGACUUUAAAAGCCAGUAUUGUAUAAAUAAAAACUAGGAGGUAAACUAUACAUGAAUAAUCUAGUACUGUUGUGAUCAGAUUAAGUUGUAAUUGCUAUCUGUUUACAGUAUAAGUAAUUUCACCUACUGUCAUUUUCAGUGCUGUGUCAACUGCAGACCUGUGUUUGAUUCAAAUGUAGCUUUGACUUGUUAAAGCAUUUUGUUUUGCAGAGACCUCUUAAUUUAUUGACAGCUGAAACCACUUGAACAUUGACCUGGAGAUUUGUACCGAGAAAGAGAAGAACAAGCAUCAUUAAGCGCCAUGGAUUGAAAACUGAAAGAACUGUAGCUGGCUGAUGUCAGAGCCGCCAGCUGAUGGGAGCGACUCCACCGUCUACGACAUUGACAAUUUGUAGAAAUGUGUUUUUUUAAUAUUGCAAAUAAGACGUGCACGAAUAAUUUGUUAUCGCAAGAAAACGAAAAAAAGAAAAAAAAACUCCACUGAACUGCUUUGCUCACCCUGAGUGAUAUCAUCUCUGACCAAAUGUUGCUUUGGAUCAGUCAUUUCUCCUUCAUCACAGGACGUCCACCUCUCAUACACCCUCUAGUCCUCUUGUGCUCUGGGUUAUGUGCUCUAUUGUGUCUCAGAAAAGAAUAAAAGACACUUGCAACUACA